CGCCGCAGUCCCGGCCGGCCGAGCGAGCGACGCUUUCCGGACUUCGCUCUUCCCUCUUGGAGCUUCGGAAGGCCGCUCCCUCCCUCCCGCGACCCGUAGAAGCCCGUCCCGCGUGACCCGGAAGGAGAGGCAAACCGGAAGUGGGGAAGCUGAAGCCGGUGCCGAGGCCAGUGCGGAGUUUGGGCAGCCGGUAGCGUUUUGGGAAUAUGGAGCCGCAAAGGUGCGUCCACAGCCCCGCUGGCCAUGCCGGGAGAGAAGGGCCAAGCAAGCCGUACAAGAACGCUUACGCCCGGCUCGUGCAGAAGCACCACAGCGGCCGCUUCCGUUCCUACCUCAGCCACAUCGCUCAAAAGCUGCAGCUGGAGGAGAACCUCUUGCAGGAUUCGGACUCCACGGCGGAGCCGUCGCCGAAAAGGGCGCUCGCCAGAGAGACGCCGGCGAAGAACGGGAUGAAGCCAGCCAGGGCUCCGCCUGCGGGAUCCUUGCAAUCCAUCCAACCGGAUCUCAGGAGCUUCGAGGGGCUGCGAAGCAGCAAAGAGGACACGUCGGUCAACAGGCGGCAGCCGCCCCAUCCAGGAGAUCCCGGUGCAGGGAAGAGUGAGGAGGAGGAAGAGGAGGAGGAAAAAGAGGCAGCCGCAGAAGUGGAGCUCCCUCCUAAUCGGCCCGUAGGCUCGUUAGGCUUCUUGAAAACCAGGCCUGUAACCGGCCGGCAGGAGGCCUUGUCCAGACUGGUGGUCUCGCAGCAGCAGAAGGCCUCCGAAUCUGGAGAGAGGAACAAAGGCAGCAGCCCUUCGACUCCCGCGGAUGGAACCGGUGACUGUCUACUCGCAGGACAAGUGAGCGUGGAGCUGCCUUCGGCCAACGCCGGCUUCUUAUCGCUUCGGCCGAUGUACGAAAAGCGAGGUUCGGUCAGGCCCAGAAACAACUCUGAGUCAACCCGGCCCCCCCCAAAUGUGGACAGGAGACGACAACUUUCCGAAUCCCAGGCUGUCACUGUCAGCAGCUCGGAUUGCAAAAUGAACCUCCGACCUCAAGGAACGGCUAAAGGAGGCUCCUACGCUGCUGCCUUGACUCCGGGGGAGAGGAAGAACCGGAACAAAGGAAUGCGCGCCCGAAAGAAAAUAUUUGACACCUACAUGUCAAAGAAAGACGUCUCGGAAGGCCUGAAGAGGAAAACGCUGAUCCAGGGACCCCUAAGGAUAAACCCCAAGAAAUACCACGAUGCCUUCGUUCCUUCCCCGGAUGGCACUCAGGAUAUUUUCAUUGACGGAGUCGUCGCUCGCAACAGAGCCCUGAAUGGUGACAUCGUAGUGGUGAAGCUGCUUCCGAAGGAACAAUGGAAGGUAAACAAACCAGACGCCUGUGAGCAAGAAACCGAAGCCCCUCCAAGCUCAGAGGACCCUUCGCGUUCACCAGGCGCUUCGGUCCUUCCCAGUCCGGGCAAAGCGGGUGCCAGCGGCCCAGAUGCCAUGACGGAGGCUCAAUUGGAUGAGAGAAGCCAAGAAGAGCAGGCAAGAGAACCGAAGCCGAUAAGAGCACACAAGGGAACUGAGCAGAAGCUGUCCGUGGGGGCUGGUGAAAAAGGAAAAGAUCUGGAAACUUGCAUUGUCGGCGCUACAAAACCGGAAGAGACGGAGCAGAAUGUUCAAAAGACUGCAAAGGUGGUCUACAUAUUGGAGAAGAAGCAUUCCAGGACAGCCAUGGGCUUCAUCCGUCUCUUGACCGAUCGCAACAGUGAGUUGUUCCGGAAGUAUGCCAUGUUCUCGCCGGCCGACCACCGAGUGCCUCGCACCUACGUGGCCUUGGCCGACUGCCCUCCUGAUUUUGCCACGCGCCCCGAGGACUACUCCAGCAUUCUUUUCAUCUGUCGCAUUGUGGAUUGGCGGGAAGAUAGCAACUUUGCCCUUGGGCAAUUGGCCCAAAGCCUCGGACGGGCCGGUGAAAUUGAUCCGGAAACAGAAGGUAUCCUGGCAGAAUAUGGGGUGGACACCUCGGAUUUCUCCCCGGACGUCCUGCAGUGCCUUCCCCAGAACCUUCCGUGGGUCAUCCCGUCCGAUGAAUUUGCCAGGAGGAGAGAUUUAAGGAAAGAAUGCAUCUUCACCAUUGAUCCAUCUACUGCCAAGGAUCUGGACGAUGCGCUGUCUUGCAAGCCGCUCCCAGAUGGUAACUUCGAAGUUGGGGUUCACAUUGCGGACGUGAGUUAUUUCGUCCCGGAAGGCACCGCCUUGGAUGACGUCGCGAGCAAGAGAGCCACAAGUGUUUACCUGGUGCAAAAGGUGAUCCCGAUGCUCCCCCCAUUGCUGUGUGAGGAACUCUGCAGCCUUAAUCCCAUGACAGCAAGGUUGACCUUCUCCGUCGUUUGGAAGCUGUCUCCACAAGGAAAAAUCCUCGACGAAUGGUUCGGGCGGACCGUGAUCCGAUCCUGCGCGAAGCUCAGCUAUGACCAUGCUCAGAGCAUGAUUGAGAAUCCGGAAAGGGUCUUUGGGGCAGAGGAGCUGCCCCCCAUCUCCUCCUGCCACCCCGUGGCUGAGAUCCACCAAGCCGUCCAGAACCUCCACCAGAUCGCCAAGCAGCUGCGUCAACAGCGCUUCGUGGACGGGGCUCUUCGCUUGGACCAGAUGAAACUUUCGUUUACUUUGGACAAAGAAACCGGGAUGCCACAAGGAUGUUACAGCUAUCAGUACCGGGACAGCAACAAGCUGGUAGAAGAAUUUAUGCUGCUGGCCAACAUGGCGGUGGCCCGUCGGAUUUACCGCUCCUUCCCCACCCAAGCCCUCCUGCGCCGGCACCCUCCACCGCAGAGCAAGAUGCUCCACGACCUCAUGGCCUUCUGCAACCAGAUGGGCCUGGAGAUCGACUGCAGCAGUGCCGGGGCCUUGCACAAAAGCCUGAAUGAAACCUUUGGGAAUGACCAGUACAGCGAUGCGCGGAAGGAGGUGCUAACCAACAUGUUCUCCCGUCCCAUGCAGAUGGCCGUCUAUUUCUGCACCGGCGUCCUGAAGGACGAGAACCUCUUCCGCCACUACGCCCUCAACGUGCCUCUCUACACCCACUUCACGUCGCCCAUCCGCCGGUUUCCGGACAUUGUGGUGCACCGGCUACUCUCGGCUUCGUUGGGGCUGGGUCCUGCCCCACAGAUGGAGAAGGCUGAGAUGCAGAAGAAAGCGGAGCAUUGCAACGACCGGAAAAUGGCUGCCAAGCGAGUGCAGGAACUGAGCGUCGAUCUCUUCUUUGCCGUGUUUGUCAAGGAGUGUGGACCGCUGGAGUCGGAGGCCAUGGUGAUGGGCAUCCUGAGCGAGGCCUUUGAUGUCCUGGUGCUGCGAUUCGGAGUCCAGAAGCGCAUUUAUUGCAACGCUCUGCCGUUGGUGGGAUUCCAGUUUCAAAAAGUGGGGAAAAAGCCACAGUUGUCGCUGGUGUGGGAACCGCAGAGCGCCGAGCAGGACGCCCCGCGACAGGUCAUCUCCAUAUUCGCCUUGGUGGACGUGGUUCUGCGGGCCGACAACGGGGCCACGAAGUACAGCGCGGUGCUGAAGAGGCCCGGCGGUAGAGAAUGACCAGGCUUCCGGUCAUGAAUCCUGCCUAUUUACCUAAAAAAAAAACCCUCUAAUAUUGGCAGAUAUUCCGAACUGACCCCCUGGGAAAAGAACCGAGACUUAUUUUAAUUUUAAUUUUAAUUUGGGCAGAUGUUGUUUCUUUAAUACCGGGGUGUUGUUUUUUUUUAACGAGAGCCGAGGGCAAAGCCAAGACGGCGGCCGCAGCCCUGCAAGCCUCAUGGCCCACAUUAAAUGAUAGGGCUUUGCUUGCAGACCGUAGCCGCCAUCUUGACUUUUUUGACCUUCUCGGUGUGGGCUCCCUUGGUUUUUACUCAAGCUGGUUGGCAAGUCCGCUUCCAGCACGGAGUCAUGAAUACUUUGGAAGUGUGAACCAUCAAUCUUUCCAUCUUCUUAGAUGAAUUGGGGUCUGGGUGGGCAUUUGAGCAGAGCACCUCCCCUGUUGUAUCUGGUCCGCGGGCGAGGUGGGGGGGCCCGCUUCCACCGUGGUGUAAAUCGUCUCUUACUCAGCCUUGGAGGCUCAUGUUUCCCAUGUGUGUGUGGCUCUCAUCCCUGGCUCCUGCAGCCACUGGCUAAACCGGAAGAUUCUCCAUUGCGGUAGGAAAAGAAGUCGCGACAUCUGUGAUGGAGUUGCGUUGCUCUUUUUUUUUCCAAUUCCACUUCUCCGCCUCUCGCAAAGCUGCAACUGAAAUCAAUUUUGUGUGUGUGUAUGUGUGUGUUCUAACAACCUCUUCGUCCGGCUACAUGAGUUUGGAGAGUCUGAGCAGCGCUCUGUAAGGAAGACACUGCCUCCUCUUCGCUCCCCCCACCCCCCCAAAUUCAGAUAAAGAAAAACUGGAAAAACUACAGUGAAAUAAAUUC